UAAGUUUGGGUGUCCAUAUUAUGCCUCUGAUAUUACCCUGACAACACUUGUCUCUGACGAGAGGCCUCUGCAAGUCAAUCGUUGAAACCACGAUUAAGUUUGAGUGUUCGUAUUAUGCCUCCAAUAUUACCCUGACAACACUUUUACCUGAUGGCGGGCCACUUGGGUCUCCAAUCAGCCAUACUGUGAGUGCACAAGGGGACUUCAACGGGACAUACACCCUUCAGAUUCUGGACUCUGCAGAGAAUGUCAUUACAGAAGCAAACUUCGGAGAUGACAUCUUCAUACGAGUUCAGAUGGACGCUACAGAUGCUGGUUAAAUGAACAAGGCGUCCAGGUCCUGUCUUGUUUGUUAAGAAGUGGAAAUAUCAGCAUGACGUUUAUAGAAGACUUUUGCGUUGUAGUGGCUUAUCAGGAUUUGUUUCAAGAAACUGGUUUCAUUUCUGAAUCGAUGUCAGCAAAGUUCCCUCUCACACUGUUUGCCCUUGAAGGAUCAGAUUUAACCCAAGUGGAGUUUGAGUGUUUGUCGGUGAUCUGCCCGGGGCCAUGUCUUGGGGAAAACUGUGGACCGCAAGCAAAAAGAAAGAGACGAACUGCUGGAGAUACAUCGACAGAUGAAAAGUCCGUAACCAUGGCGACCAGGCUAAUAAUUCUGCCGUUCAGCGUAUUAACUUCCGAUAAACAAGGUGAAGGAAGUCAGAAAGCGCCUAGUUCCGUGAUGUGUAUACAUAGCUUCGGUUUAAUUGUCACAGUGAUUGUUCUCGCUAUUCUGCUAUUCGUCGCCAUGGUUACAGUAAUAACGUUGCUUACCAUUCGGCGAGGAGAGUGCCUGACGAAAGGGGCAUAAAUCCUGCAAAACCUACACCCUGGUUCCUGCAAGUUCUUCACAGGCGCUUGAUCACUCAUUUCCCUGUUGGAUUCAACCAAAUACUCAUCUUGAAACGAUA